UGGGAGUCGCCACAGGUCUCGAGGAUGCUGAGAGUCAGUAGCAGCACGUGCGUUUGUUGUGACGGUCCGAACUCCCAGCGUGUCAUUUUUUUACCUGUGUAGGACGGCGCCUCCCUGUGCCCAGCAAGGGAGUCAGACCGACUUAUGACAGUGAUGAGCGGCGCAAGGACGGCGCAGGUUGUGUCUAGCGUCAGAUGCGUCAAACCAGAUAAGCGCCCAGACUGUUCUGAUUAUCUUGCAAAUGGGACUCUCUGUUAACAUGUCUAGAAAAGCUCUCUGAAUUGUACGGUGACGGGUGAUCUACCUGCGAGAGAAUUCUAUGGUGUAUUUGACAUUGUGAAUAUCCGAGAAUGUGUUGGAACGAAAUUCUUCAUGAAAGCAGAAGAUUGUUCGUGUAGUGGUGGUGACGGCAGGGCUUCAACUUAUUUACAGUGGCGUCGUUAAACCAGCACCCGUCACAUGGGUCCAGGCCGUCAGUGUUACGGAUCCUAUCUGGUUUCCUUAACUAUGAGUACUUUAAAGAGCCCUGACGCGUAUCGAGAACACGCGUGAUCUAGUCAACUGCGCCCCGUAAUGAAGUACAUUAUCCUGAGUGCUGUAAUGUUAAUGAUUCCUGUGAUGUUCUUCAUUGUGAAAUAUGUAACGCUUAAAGGCUGUAGCAUAGUGUGAAACAUGAAGAAAAUACUGCUGCUUCUGGCACUACAAUUUAUCACGGCUUGGUCAAUAAAUUGGCUGGCACUUCACAGGGGAGGAGCGGAGCGCUGGGGUCACUCCCGCACGUGUACGAACGCGCGGCACGUACACGGAUUCACCAGAGGCCAGACUCGUACGUGCAGGAAGCAAGUGGAGGUCAUGCCACACGUAACUCACGCCGCCAUCACUGCCGCCACCACCUGCCAGCGGCUGUUCCAGAGCAGGAGGUGGAACUGUUCGUCCAUCCUCAACGCCCCCGAACACACGCCGGACCUGACAGAAGGCACGAGAGAGCAAGCGGUGGUGUACGCCCUCAGUUCGGCGGCCGUGACGUGGGCGGUGGCGCGGGCGUGUUCGCAGGGCACGCUGUACGUGUGCGGGUGCGGCAGCGUGCCCCAGGAGCCUCCCAACGGCCUGUUCAAGUGGGGCGGCUGCGGCGACAACGUCAAAUUCGGGGCCAAGUUCGCGAGGGAGUUCGUCGAUGCAGGGAACAAGGGCAACCGCGUCUAUAGAAUCAAGCCGGUGUCCCGCCAUAAGCGAGCGACGGCGCGGGAGGCGGAAGAAGUGGAGGAGGUGGAGGAGCUGGACGCCGAGUGGACCAACGCCGCCCGCACCCACAGAGAAGUCCUCCCGUACAUGCCCAUAUUCCCUCAGGACGCCGACGCCCAGACGAAAAAUACGAGAGGGCGCCAGAAGCGACGGAAAGAAGAGAAGGAGAAGAAAAAGAAGAAGAAGAGGAAGAAGAAGAAGCGGAAAAAAGAGCCGAGAAAGCCGUCGAGGCAGAACCAAGCCAUUUUUCUUAUGAACCACCAUAAUAAUCGCGUCGGCCGGAGGGUUGUAGAGGCAGCCCUUUCAACACAGUGCAAGUGCCACGGCGUAUCUGGGUCCUGCAACAUAAAGACGUGCUGGAAGGCUUUACCCAACUUCAUUCAGGUUCGUACGCAGGCCGGCGAGCGUCUGUACCGCCUCUACCUCUCCGGCGUGGAAGUCCGGGGCGUCUCCGCGGGGCCCAGACUCCGGCUCCUCCCGGCGUCCUCGGCAGUAGCGCGCUUCUCCCGCGACGACCUGAUAUACGUGACGAAAUCCCCGGAUUACUGCCACCCGGAGCCCCGUCUCGGCUCCCUGGGGACCGUCGGCAGGCAGUGCAACGCCACUUCCAAAGGAGUGGACGGCUGCGGCAUAAUGUGCUGCGGCCGUGGCUACUCGUCCCGGGCCGUGCGCACCCACCUCCGCUGCCACUGCAAGUACCACUGGUGCUGUUACGUAACCUGCCAGACGUGCGCGAUUUGGCGAGAUAUCCACACAUGCAAUUGACUACGGUCCGCCAUCUUGCGGGCCGCCAUUCACCUGAGUUUACUGCGCCGCUGUCUGGAUGGCGGGGGUAAAAAAAAAAUUGUGAUUCAGUGCGCUGUAUCAUAAUGUACAAAUUCCUAAUAUAAUCAAACCGUGUAAAUGCUAAUGUACACC